UUAUCAUUGUAUACGGAAGUAACUUGAACAAUUUUCGUCAAGGUUUGUAAGUAUAUUACUUACUUUGCGCGCUGCAAUACCGAAACAACAAUAAACGAACAUGUCACAUUUAAAGAUUUCAGUCAUUCCCAGUGCCACUGGCAGGAUUUAACUGUAAAGUCCGUCGUCGCUUCGAUUCAAUGUUGCCAUAGUUACGCAGUGGGCGCUUUCACGAGGGACGCGGGAAGGGCGUCAAACAUGGCGAGGAAGAAACAAACCAAGGACAAGGCAGAGAAGACUACCUCUGAAGUUGAAGAGGCGGCCCCAGUGCAAACAGCAGCAACUACGAAUGAAACAUCGGCUACUCGAACGUUUGAUGGUUAUGUGUGUUCUGGCAAUGUGACGACCGAUUUUCCUGCGCUCUGUGCUCUUUUGGAUAUGAAAACUAUUCCAACAUUGAAGACCAAAUCUGCCUCCUCCAACUCAGAAUUCAAGGAAGGUGGCAGACUGUCCCACAAAAAGGCUGCACGUGAUGUGUUAAAGCCAAGUCUGCAAGUGGAGCUUGAGAAUGGAGACCCUUACAGCACUAAGACCAUGAAAGUUUUUGGAUGGAAAGCAGAAGAGCCGAUCAUCAGAGUAUUGAGCAAGAUGAUUUCCUCCAUGCAAACACUGCACAGCCUAUUUUUCUGGCAGGCAGGAUUGACUGAUCCAAUGAUUGUCACACUGUCAGACGCAUCAUGUUUAUGCAUGAGCCUCAGGAUUAUAACUUUAGAAGGCAACCCCCUGUUACAUCAAAGCCACCACCUUCUUUUGUCUGAAGGAAGUCUCCUCACUCACCUAAACCUGCGCAACAACCAAAUUAGAGAUGAGGGCGCAAAUCUUCUUGGGGCUGCACUCUCAACGAGCAGAUAUGCAAACUGGAGCCUCAUUUCACUCAACUUAUCAUUCAACCAUAUCGGGGAUGCAGGUGCUGCGUAUAUUGCAAAGGGCCUGCGUUUCAAUCGUUCUUUGCUGUUCCUCUCACUUUCCAACAAUCAGAUUGGUGACUCAGGAGCUACUGAACUUGCCAUGGUUCUUGGCGAGGUUGUGCUUACUCACGAAGAAAUUGUUGAAAGGCGGAAACUACUCAUGGAGAAAAUGCAUUGUUCCUCUGCUGCAGUCGAUGUUGUCCAAUCAUCUGUUGCCAAUCUGUCUACUGAGCAGCUCCCUUCCGUAGCCAGCGCCACUUCACUUAACGCCAACAAAGGGGAGAGCAAGAUCGCUGCUAAAAAGCGGGAAUCUUCAAAACCAGAUGGGAAACGUGCUCCCGCCAAAGACCAAAGGUGUCCUAAGAAAGCAGAAGGUCAAGACAUUGAGGAAAAAACACAAGUGAAUGAACAAGAGCACAAAAGACCAGUGGAGAUGGCGAGCCUGCUAGUGACUGAGUCGCCAGAGCAAAGGAACGGAGAUCUCAUUUUGCCGGGAAACACGAGCCUCGCCUCCCUCAACCUGGCAGGCAAUAGGAUAACAGAGCAGUCACUACCACAGUUCCUGUCGUCCCUGCAGUUGCAAGAUACAGGUAAAGGUCUGCUGCGUCUCUGUCUUCAGAGAAACCACUUUGCUGCCGAGUGUGAGUCCUAUGUAAAGCUACAGGAACUGAUGGCACUCAGAGACCCUCUGAAUAAAAAAAUUGAAGAGGAAGAAGAAGAGGAGGCUGAGGGCUCACAUUGUUCAGAUAGUGAAACUAAAGGAGAGAAAUAGAAUAUAUGUUUUCACUUGUACUGUUUAUAUUUUCUCAAAAGAUUUGCAACUGAUGCACAUGUUUUUAUCCAACAAAUUAGCUUUUUAUUAGUGUCCAUUAAACAGCAAUGUACAUACACCCUAUUCAAAAAAACAUUAAGUUCAAUACUACAAACUAGGGGUGGGCAAUAUUUUCCCAAUAUCAACACUACCGAUUUUAAGAGCGGUAUGAAUACCAGGCCUAUACUAGCGUGAUGAGAGCAAUAUAUUUCAGUUCUCUUCUGUGCAUUUUCUUGUUAUCUCGACUUAGAAGAAAACAAGACAUGUACAACGGUUCGGUCUGCAUCUCUGUAAACUUGUAACUUUGGAAACGGAAGUAUACAGUACACCUCACCAUUAUGGUCCAUACACAGCCCACCCCACUCAAAAAAAGAAAAAAGUCAACAAAAAGGAAACUAAAUAUACAAUACUGAACACAGCAAAGGGUGGAACUGGCGAACCAAAUGCAACUAUAUGAUUUGCCUGAGAAGCUGGACAGGACAAAAAAAAAAAAGACUUUAGUUUAAAUUGCACAUAAGCCUAAUGUGAGUAAAUGUAAUGUUAUUUUCCAUAUGUACAUUUGAAAUCUUAUCAGAUGUUUUGAGGGUUUAAAAUAUUUUUUUUCGUUUUUAUGUGUUUAGAAUUGUAAUUUAUUUAGUCUUCAAGCCAAAUCUUGUAAUGUGUUUUAUUUUGGCUUUGGAUUUAAAAACCGACCUCUGAGUUUCUUGGCAGUUUACCCAAGCGUUCCACUAGAUGGCGAUAAAUAGUCGUGUCUGUCUGACGUCCCGAGCACUGCAGAUGAAACAUAAUCAAGGAAGAAGCACAGCCAUAGAUUGAACACUUUGAAUACAUUUGCGCCAUUUAAUCACCAAUAUACACAGUCGUAUCCAAUAAAGUGGACAAGUAUUGUCAUUGAAAAUAUAAAUAUGCAGAAUUGAUUAAUGGCUAAAUGUCCCUUAAUUGACCAACUGAGUACAUUCCCCAGAGACAACUGAGUAGCUAAUAUUUAAUUGGGUCAUUCAGAAACAUUAACAGAAAAAGUACAACAUAAUAUAAUACAGAAUAAUAUACACUAUAUUGCCAAAAGUAUUUGGCCACCUGCCUUGACUCACAUAUGAACUUGAAGUGCCAUCCCAUUCCUAACCCAUAGGGUUUAAUAUGAUGCCGGUCCACCUUUUGCAGCCAUUACAGCUUCAACUCUUCCAGGAAGGCUGUCCACAAGGUUGCAGAGUGUGUUUAUAGGAAGUUUCCACCAUUCUUCCAAAAGCGCAUUGGUGAGGUCACACACUGAUGUUGGUGGAGAAGGCCUGGCUCUCAGUUUCCGUUCUAAUUCAUCCCAAAGGUGUUCUAUGGGGUUCAGGUCAGGACUCUGUGCAGGCCAGUCAAGUUCAUUCACACCAGACUCUGUCAUCCAUGUAUUUAUGGACCUUGCUUUGUGCACUGGUGCACAGUCAUGUUGGAAGAGGAAGGGGCCCGCUCCAAACUCUUCCCACAAGGUUGGGAGCAUGGAAUUGUCCAAAAUGUUUUGGUAUCCUGGAGCAUUCAAAGUUCCUUUCACUGGAACUAAGGGGCCAAACCCAAACUACUGAAAAACAACCCCACACCAUAAUUCCUCCUCCACCAAAUUUCACACUCGGCACAAUGCAGUUCGAAAUGUACCGUUCUCCUGGCA